UCAUUGCCUGUCAUCACUAAUACUUGAUUAACUAUCUUUUCACACAGGCUGCAGUUGAUUUGGAAAGGGAUUUUGUUGUUGUUUAAUCAGUGAAAUCCUAAUUUGGAAACACACAUUCAUAUUUCUUGACAUUAUCUUUGAUUAAAAAAAAAAAGUCUGAUAAUCUGAAACAGACAAAAAGACAAAAACAGAAGAAGCUGGACGAGUGACAAAACCUUUAUGAAGCAUUUUAUUUAGAUGUUAAAUCAUCACAAAAUCAUUUUUUAUCAAAGGUAAUGAUUUAGAAAAUAGUUAAACAUUUGUUAGGUUUAUUAUUGCGGUAGCUUGUGUAAUAUUCCCCAGUAAGCCAUGUCAAGUUGAUGUUGUUGACAAAAAUAACAUUUAUUUCAAUUAUGUCUAAAAAAGUGCUUAAAUAAAAUAUAAUAACUGCAGCAGCAAUAUAUAAUGAACAAACUUUAAUAAGAUAAAUAUGUGUAAAUUGCACCUGAAACAACCACAUAUAUUUUAAUUGUUUUUAAGCUUUUCAAUUUAAAAUUAUAUAUAUAUAAUUGUACUGGAUGGUUAUCUAAAUGUUUGCGCAAUAUGAAGCUCAUUAGAAAUGAUUUCUUCAGAAUCUUGUCUUCAGAAAAAAAACAACCUCAUUUGAUGUUUUUCUGUUACAGAACAUCCUGCUUCUUUCCUCUAAUCUCUUCCUCCGUGUGCUUCCAUCGGCCACGGUGCCUCCACAUGGUUUUCAGAUCAUAUCAUCACUGUACAGUAAUCUCAUGCUAAUUUCCCCAUUAUUCCCCUGCCAAGAUAAUUCCUCAAUCCACCUACAGUCGUAAACGUCACUGGACAGCUGAUAUUUAUCUGUGCCACUCAGAGGCUUCAAAGCUGCAGACAUUCCUGGAAUGUGCUGCAGGAUCAAAUGCCCAGGGGUCGAAUGUGGCCGCCAUAGGAGCAGGGGGCGGGGAGCUUGUGUCGUCACAUCACAGAGGAGGAGAGGUAUAAAGUUCAGACAGCAGCAGGAAAACAAGCAGAUCAGCAGCAGCAACAGUAGUUUCUCUCUGCAGAGGCUCAUCCACAGCGCAUCAGCCAUGCCUACUCACAGCAGCCUUCUCCUUCUGGUCACUCUUUGGGCCUCGGUUCAAGAUGGUUUGGGUUUGCCGGUUGUGAAACAGGCAGAACCAGACGCCGUCGACAGUGUGCGGACUCACCGGGUGAGGACCAAGCGCUGCUCCUGCAGUGAGCUGCUGGACACUGAGUGCCACUACUUCUGUCACCUGGACAUCAUCUGGGUCAACACACCCAGUAAGACAACGGUUUAUGGCCUAGGCGGAGGCUUGCUGCGACGCAAAAGGUCCGCCAGGCGCUGCACCUGUGCCCGGCUCAACGACAAGACCUGCACCGAUUUCUGCCAUUUCCGUAAUGAGAUCCAAUCUGUGAAGAAGCCUCAGCUUGACAUGCUCCACAUCUUGAGAACGGCAGCCAAUAACUCAAAGUGGGAAGGAGACACAGGGCGCACAGGCGGACAGCAGUCGUCCCAAGUUACAAGGGAGAACGUGUGAUGAACGGGGAAGCUGCAGAAGCAGCAAGAAAGAGAGAAAGAAGGAGCAGAAGGCGAGCACCUGAACAAAUUCCACUCCUCCAGCAGAGAGGUCGCUAAGGGGUGUGUUCGAUCCGGGAAGGCCACGUGUUAUUCUGUUUGUUCCUGCAAAUCGAAAGCUGAAAGUACAUGCCCGAGGUCUACAGGUACGCGUUGGAAACAGAAGUGGAGGAUCAGGAGAGGUGGAGAUGCAACCGGGUUAUUUUUAACUCUGGAUGAGGAGUCUAUAGGAGCUGAAGCGACUGAGUCACAGGCCCUAAGAAAGAGAAUGCAAGUGCAAAUACAAGCAUGGAAAUAUGGGACAUGCAUGUUUUUUUUUGUUUGUUUUUACUGCAAUAUAACCAAUUUAUUUUAUAUAAUUUCAAGAUUAUAUACAUGAAAUUUGUUAAAUCGGAUGAAUAAACUGAUUGAUUGAAUAUAAUGUCAGUUAUGAAUUAGCCUUUAUCAUAUGACUGAUUGCUUAAGGGAAUUGAUUCUUGUUUGUUUUGGUAAAUUAAACUUAUAUCUGUAAAGCAUCAUUAAAAGAUCAAUAAAAACAAGGUUAGACA